CCCGGCGUCCACGUGAAAACAGCUUCAGCUUGACAGUAAAAGAGAAAAAUUACACGUUUAGUAGAUUUUGCCGGUUCUGAUCUUUUAAACAUCCCGAUUGUCCACAAUGAGCGCCCAGAUCACGUGUGUCGGCUGGGUGAGACGUGGCGUUGCCAAGGAAACCCCGGACAAGGUGGAAUUAAGCCAAGAGGAGCUGCAGCGUGUGAUUGCUGAAACCAAACAGGAGUUGGGAGCCCUGACAGUUGAGGAUGAGGAAGAAGAGGAUGAGGGCUUGCCUCCUGACCAGAGUCCCAGUAAUGACAUGGAUGAUGUUGCCCAACUUCCAAACGAUGAAAAUGACAAAAGAGAGGAAGAGGAGGAUGAGUUGGCAGAGUAUGGCCUGGAUAAAUAUGAUGAGGAUACAGUGACCGCUAAUCUCGGUGACAGCCUGGCUGGACUAACCGUGUUCGGCUCCAAUGAGGAGGAUCCUUACAUCACCAUCAAAGAUACGGACCAGUAUGAACGAGAAGACUUCCAAAUCAAACCCUCUGACAACCUGAUCCUGGCGGGCAAAGCAGACAAGGACUGCUGCAGUUUAGAGGUUUAUGUUUACAACUGUGAUGAGGAGUCUCUGUAUGUGCAUCAUGAUGUUCUGCUGCCAGCGUAUCCUCUGUGCGUGGAGUGGCUUAACUUUGACCCAAACCCUGAAGAAGGACGAGCAAACUAUGUGGCCGUGGGCAACAUGACUCCUCAGAUAGACGUGUGGGACCUGGAUGUGGUGGACUGUUUAGAGCCGGUGUUCUCCCUCGGGAGCAAAAAGGCUUCCAAGAAGAAAAAGAAAAGCAAGAAGGCUGCAGCAGCCGAGCCGGUUGAGGGACACACAGAUGCGGUUCUGGACUUAUCCUGGAACAAACUGGUUGGAAACGUGCUGGCCAGUGCAUCUGCAGAUGACACGGUCAUCUUGUGGGAUCUGUCUCAAGGAAAACCAGCUACAACUCUCCGAAGGCAAACCGAUAAGGUGCAGACAUUAAAGUUCCAUCCGUUUGAGGCCCAGACUUUGAUAUCGGGAUCAUACGACAAAACCACAGUCCUUUAUGACUGCAGAAGUCCAGACAGCAACCAUCGGACGUGGAGGUUCAGUGGCCAAGUGGAACGUCUAACCUGGGACCACUUUUCACCCUGCAACUUCCUGGCCAGUACUGAAGAUGGCUUUGUCUACUGUCUGGAUGCACGCUCAGAUAAGCCGGUGUUCACGCUACGGGCACACGAUGAAGAAGUGUCAGGCUUGGAACUCAGCAGCCAGAUUAAAGGAUGCCUCGUCACCUCAUCAGCUGACAAACAUGUUAAAAUUUGGGACAUUUUAGGCAACAAACCCAGCCUGGUGCACUCUCGAGAUAUGAAAAUGGGCGUGCUGUUCUGUGCUUCGUGUUGCCCUGACCUUCCCUUCGCCUAUGCCUUCGGAGGACAAAAAGAAGGCUUGCGGGUUUGGGAUAUCAGUGACGUCGCAGCAGUUGCUGAAGUGUUUGGCAGUCGAGAGCGGUUAGUGCCAAAUAUGGGAUCGCAGUCAUCCAGCACAGCGGCCACAGCAGACAUGGAGGUCGCCCAGUGACGGAGGGGGUUGAAGAGCAGCUCGUAAACAAACUGAGUUACCAUGGAAACGUGUCGAGUAUCCCUUCGGUGCCCCAAGACUGGUUCACAAGAGAGCCGGAUUAUGUGACACAGCAUUCACUGUGUUAACAGGCUUGUCUGGAAAAGUCAGCUUUUCUGUUAACACAAAACAAUGUUUUUAUGAACAUUAAAGAGGUGUUAAGAGAAGCAAAGAAACUGCAUCUCAAAUAGUUGUAUUACUGAGUACAUCUGUCAUUUCUUUUUAUUUUUAUUUUAUUAUACAUAAAUUAGGUAGAGGCAGGGAUUAUAAUAAUUGUAAUCCCUGCCUAAUAUUUUUAACCGGUUUAUUUUACUUCAACAUAUAUAUAUGAGUUUUACUUUUCUCUGGACAUUACAAAUGUAAAAUGAUUAUUUUCACAAGAAAAGAAAAUACAAGAAACUGAUUUACAUUUUGAUAGUUAAUACAUUUGUUCUGGGAUAGUUGCAAGUGGUGAGAAACUAAACUUAAACUGUUCAAUAUAAUAAAAAAAAUAGAACUGUCUUUUAUAAAUUCAAUAAAAC